CAUCAAUCACGAUUCUAAAUUAGAGUACAUAAGGGUAUCCAUAACGACUAACGAUUGCAACCGAGUUAUUGCGAGCGUCACCCACUAUUCCAUCCACGCUUCACGUAUACUGCCAUACAUUUUAGAAGAGAAUUCACGUUUAAAAUAAAAACAUCACGUCUGUUAAUAAAAAAUUUGAGAAAAACAUCACGUCUUUAUUAACUUUGCAAAAGGGAGAAGCCUUAAAAUUUAGAAAAAGAAAAGGAUUGAAUAUAAAGGAAGCAUUAUCCUUUGAGGCUUUAUUUUCCCCGUCACUUCUUUUCAUAGUUAACACUAGAUCUUUCAUCAUGUCUUCACCAACCAGACGAGUAUUAUCACCUAGUAAAAACCAUAACAUUUCAAGAACUCCUCUUAAGCUGAAGAAAAACUCUCCCUUCAAUACCAGCUCACCAAUUAAGAUUCCAAAAUUAAACAAUUCUAAUAUUUUAACCCCAGUUAAGAAGAAUCCAGCUAAAAAACCAAGAUUAGGGUUCACCAUAUUUGAAGAUAAACCCAAACCGGCUUCUGCCUAUUCAAAUACAGCUAAAUCCCCAAGUCCUUCCAAAUCAAAUAAAACCGACCAUAAUGACCAGGAGAAUAUUCUUCAGCCAAAACCUCUCAACUUGAAACAACAAAGUUUCCCCAAAAGAGUACCACUUAAACCGCUUAGUACCAAUGAGUUCCCAGGGUUUUUGAAAACAAUUGAGUCAGACCCUGCUUUGUCUCGCUCAAUUCAAUUAACUGAACCUUACGUGCCUCAAAAUUACAAAAGUACUACUUCGACAAACUUACACCAUUUCAACUCCUUACCAAGUUUUGUCACUCCUCCUAGAAAGAACUUGGUCCACAAUGACAAGUUCUUGUUCAAGUCAGAAUUUCUCGAUGAUAAAGAAAAUGAUGAUGACUUAUUAGAAAGACAUCUUAUUGCUAAACAUAAAAAUUUAGUAAGAAGACAUAAAAGAGCCAUGUCUGUUGGUAAAAACGACGCUAAGGCACCCUUGGUUAAAAAGAAUACCUUUUCAAUCUUAUCUAAUUAG